AUGAACGAUAUUAACAUAUUGACAGCAAGUGCCGCUGAUCUUCAGAAGCUGCUAGUCGCUGGAGAGUACAGCAGUACGGAUCUGGUCAAGCUGUACUUGGAGCAAAUUGAAGCCCACAAUACAAAUGGACUUAAGCUAAAUGCAGUGAUUACGACCGCACCGCGGGCUGAGCUCCUUCACCUCGCGGAACAGCUUGAUGUGGAAAGAGCAGAAAAGGGCUUGCGUGGUCCGCUUCAUGGGAUUCCCGUACUGGUUAAGGACGUGUUUUGGACACCGAGCCUCAAUAUGGACACUACCUGCGGCUCGUUUGCUUUAAGGGGGGCAAAAGCACCCCGAAAUGCCGAAGUUAUCGACAUUUUACUGGCCGCUGGAGCGGUUAUCAUUGGGAAAGGGAACAUGUCUGAAUGGGGUGGAAAUAAAGGGAGUUUGAUCACUGCUGGCUGGUCUGCGUUAGGUGGCCAGACUCAGUCACCCUAUGUUCGAGGAGGGGUUCUUCCCAAUGCGACAUUUUUGGGACACAGUACACCAUGUGGCUCAACCUCUGGUCCAGCUGUCGGCGUCGCAGCAGGAUUCGCCCCUCUCAUGGUAGGCACAGAGACUGAUGGAUCAUUAGUACAGCCAAGUACAAGGGCAGCUCUCUACGGACUCAAGCUGACAGUGGGAACAAUAAGUACAUAUGGGGUACAACCUUUGUCCAAGCCGUUCGAUUCUAUUGGUGGCGCGGCUAAAACAACGGAGGAUCUUGCUAACCUUCUCGACACUCUUGUCCCUGGACGAGAUUUCAAGUCUUCUCUCACGAAGUCCUGGAAAAACAUCAAAGUUGGGCUUGUGGAUCCAAUGUUGUGGCAACCUGCGGAUUUCGUCGUGGAACCGAAUGAUGGCUUUCUCCAGCAGACUUUGAAAGAGAUCAAUCAAGCCGUUGAAAUGGUGGAAGAGCAAGGUGCCCAAGUGGUCAAAAACGCGCAUCUCAUUUCCCUUGCGGAGAUUCUUGAACAGGGCGGAACUAAUAUUGAUGAUUUCAUAGGCCAUGAUUUUCAGAGUGAGAUUAGCGAAUUUCUCUCUGCCUUAGACAAUCCGCACAGAGUCAAAUCCCUGAAAGAUUUAGUUGACUUCAAUGCGAAGAAUCCUGCUCUUGAGCUCCCACCUGGUAGCACCAUAUCUAACUUUGAUAAAGAUCACUCGAAUCAAGAUGUCCUCAUCGCGUCUCUGGAUAACAAUAUGACUGAUGAGCACUAUGAAGUAAGCUUGAAAAAAACCAGAGAUUUAACAAGGGCGGCUAUUAAGAAGUCUAUCAAUGAAAAUGGGAUCAAUGUGAUCAUGGGACCGGCAGAUGCUCGUAUUGCAACUGUCGCGUCUAUCGCAGGGUACCCGGUCGCGACGAUACCCCUUGGAUAUGCGGAUUUCAACGGCCGUGCGUUUGGCCUUAAUAUUAUUGGGCUAGAUCAGGAGGAAGAUCGCAUUUUGGAAGUGAUGAGUGCUUGGGAAGAAACAUUUCCAAAUGCACACCAACCUCCUCCAAUGUUGGUAGAUUGGCCAAAAGAAGCUACGUGGUCGAAUAUGUAG